AUGGAUGAGCCAGCUCGAUCCACACUUCAGAUGGGUCUGUUGGGCUUAUGGUUCACAGAACGCACCUGCAAAAACAGUCUAAUAAGAGGAAGUCCUCCGGCAGAUACUCCGACGAUCAAGUUAGUUCAUGAACCAAACGCCACAACCUUCAAUACCCUUAUCAAUGGGUUUUGUCUUGAUGCUAAGAUAGCUCCAACAGUUAAGUUUUUUGAUGAAAUUGUGAAGAAAGGGUUCCAAGCCGAUUUAUUUACUUUCCGCAUUAUAAUAAAUGGGUUAUGCAAAACGGGAAACACUAGUAGUGCUAUUGUUUUGCUCAGAAAGAUGGAGAAAAUAGGAUGCUUUAAGCCUGGACUAGUGGAUUACAGCACGGUCAUCAAUCGCCUUUGCAAGGACAGACUAGUAACCGAGGCUUUCAAGCUCUUUUCGGACAUGAUAGAUAAAGGCAUUUCACCAAAUGUCAUCACUUGCACAUCAUUAAUUCAAGGUGUAUGUUGUUUAGAAGGAAUGGCCAAAGAAGCACAAUAUGUGGUUGAAUUGAUGAUCCAAAGAGCUGUGGUGCCUAAAGUUGUCACUUAUAAUGCUGUAAUGGAUGGAUACUGUUUGUGUGGCCAAGUAGAUGAGGCAAGGAAAAUGCUUGAUGUUAUGGUCAAUAGGGGUUGUGCUCCUGACGUUGUCACUUAUAAUACCUUGAUUACUGGGUACUGUAAGAGCAGAAGGAUAGAUGAAGCUAUGACACUAUAA